AUGACAACAAUUUUGGAUGAUGCGACAUAUCGGUUAUCAUCGUGGUGGUACAACGGUGACAACCACCGAACUUACCCAGCCACCUUGGCUUCCCGGACUCCUGGAUUUACCGAAAGUUGGGGCCGUGAUGAAGACGAGGAGGGAAAAGAGCUACCAUCGUGGUUUGCGAUGGAGCAAAAUCAGCUCGGUCUUGUCUUACAGCAACCGUAUCCACAGGCACCUAUCACGCUUUUUCAGUACCACGUCGCUUGGGAUAUCCAGUGGGCUUUACGAGAUGCCAAAGUCGAUUUUGUUGUCGUAAAUGUGCCACAUGCCUUUUCUGAAUCGACUGGACCAUUGCCGGCUUGGAAUGAUUUGACGGAACCCGAGAGACCAAUACUUCUAGGACAUUCCCAGCAAGGAAUUUUUGAUUAUCUGCGGAAGCAUCAUGAUUGGAAUGUAGACGAGGAACUAAGUACGCCAGCAGGAACUCACCAACUGGAACUGUGGCGGAACCAAGUCGAAUCCCUACACGUUUGCUUGGACCUGUUACGGUACGGUCCUGGGCAAGAGUGGAGCAAAAUUUACCGUGAUCAAUCAAUGAAAGCCUCGUGCGGCGAAACCCAACCAUCUUGGCUGCGGCGGAUCCUUGCAGAGUGGAAUGUGACCGCCGAGCAUCAUCGAGGUCGUUACCUUCGAAGGCAUAUACCUACUAGCAAUACGGUGGAUUCCGCCCAAAAAGCGACAGGCAUUGCGUCGGGCAUUUACAAACGAUUGUCGGUACAGCUAGCCGACAAGGACUACCUUUUCGGCACCACGAAGCCGUCUUCUUUGGACUACGAAAUCGGCGGGCAUUUGAUGGAUGCUUCCGGUUUUGUUCCGUUGCGUGACGCGAUACGCGAACACGACAAUCUCGUAAGCUUUGCGCAGCGUUUGUGUUCACAAGGCCCACUUUUGUCGGAGUGGAAUCGAUUAGAGAAUGAGCGCAAUGCUUUUCAGGUGGAGUGGUUGUGGCUAAAUGUUGAAACACUUGCGCCGUGCGUGGGACCACGUGAUGCACGAUCAGUCGGAAACCACGAUAAAUACAAUCCGUGGGAUACUUGGCACCGUUGGAGAUUUGGUGGAACCUUUUAUCCGGCCUCUACGAGGGCAGAAGCUAAGACGGCAGAAACCCUAAAACUACAGCAAGACUACCUCCAUCAGGAUCAGUUGUGGUGGUCUGCCGUCACAGCUGCGUCCCUCGUUUCUAUUGGUGUCACGCAGUGGAUUGUAUCAAUGACUACGCUGUCAGCCCGCGCAUCAAAAUAAAAGUCGACGUAGCAAACAUCCUCUGUAGUCAUUUUGCACAAGAUUAAGGUUGCUUCCGGAAAGAUCCAAAUUGUCUCUAUUGACUGUGAGAGCAUAUGCGGUUGCUAACAGCUGUUGAUUCUACGAGGUUGAUAACCGUAUAAUAAGUCUAUCAAUCUCUCGCCCC